AGCAGUCCUGUCUCUAGGUGACUGCACAGAAGCCUGGCUGUGGAAGCGACAUGGUUCAGUCUGGGAAAGGCAAGGGGUGGCAGUCAUUGCCCAAGGCGUCUGAGAUGCCUCAGCCAAAGAAGAAACGCUGGGAAUCCAUGGCCAAGGGGCUGGUGCUAGGAGCCUUGUUCACCAGCUUCCUCCUGCUGCUCUACUCCUACAUGGUCCCCCCACUGCAUGCUAGCCAGGCUUCCAUGACCCCGGACACCACCGCGAUCUCCUGUUCCCCAGCUCCUGCCGACCCCCCGGCGAAGGCAGCGGCCGGCAACGCGUCGGCAGCGGGGUGCGCGCCCCAGCACAACAUCGUGUUCCUGAAGACGCACAAGACCGGCAGCAGCACCCUGCUCAACAUCCUGUUCCGCUUCGGGGAGAAGCACGGGCUGCGCUUCGCCUUCCCCAAGGGGCGCAACGAUUUCGGUUACCCGGGCUGGUUCGCGCGGGACCUGGUGCGGGGUUACAAGCCGGGGGCUUGCUUUAACAUCAUCGCCAACCACAUGCGCUUCCAGUACGACGAGGUGCGCGCGCUGGUGCCGCCCGACGCCACCUUCAUCACGGUGCUGCGCGACCCCGCGCGCCUCUUCGAGUCCUCCUUCCAUUACUUCGGGGCGGUGGUGCCGCUCACCUGGACGCUGCCGGGCCCGGAUAAGCUGACUUCCUUCCUGCGGGAUCCCGAUCGCUACUACGACCCCGCCGCCAUCAACGCGCAUUACCUGCGCAACCUGCUGGCCUUCGACCUGGGCCUGGACAGCGGGCUGGAGGCGGGCAGCGCGCGCGUGCCCGAGCUGCUGGCGCAGCUGGAGCGCCGCUUCCACCUGGUGCUGCUGCAGGAAUACUUCGACGAGUCGCUGGUGCUGCUCAAGGACCUGCUGUGCUGGCGCCUGGAGGAUGUGCUCUACUUCAAGCUCAACGCCCGCCGCCGAUCGGCCGUGCCCCGGCUCUCGGGCUCCCUCUACCAGCGCGCCACGGCCUGGAACGGCCUCGACGCGCUCCUCUACCGCCAUUUCAACCACAGCUUCUGGCGCCGCGUGGAUGGCUUCGGGCGCCAGCGCAUGGCCCGCGAGGUGGCCGCCCUGCGCCGCGCCAACGAGCGCCUGCGCCGCAUCUGCAUCGACGGAGGCCGCCCCGUCGACGCCACCGCCAUCCAGGACGCCGCCAUGCAACCCUGGCAGCCCCUGGGCGUCAAGUCCAUCCUGGGCUACAACCUCAAGAAGACCAUCGGCCGGCAGCACCGGCAGCUCUGCCGGCGCAUGCUCACCCCCGAGCUCCAGUACCUGCAGGAGCUGGGGGCCGAUCUCUGGAUCACCAACUUGUGGAAACUGCUCCGGGACUUUCUACAUUGGUGAUGCCAUUUCCCUCCCCCACCCCGCCUCCCAAUCCCCUCCUCCAGUUCCUCCCCUCCCCUCACCCUCCCUCCCCCCCACCCCGGCCCUCUUGGUGCCACCCUGGAUGGACCCCAGGGUGUUGGUGGGGCCUGGGGUGUACAGACAGGGCUGAUAUCACUACUUGACUAAUGACACCAUUGUUUAAAAAAACAAAAACAAAAACAAAAAAAAACCCUGGCCUUCUGUUUCUGGCUUUCCCUCCAAAGGGGAGGCUCAAAUAAAGGAAUUUCAUGCUG